CGCUGACUUCCUGUAUUUUCUUUAAACGAAUGAAUACAUAACGCACAGCAUAAGCGAGUGGGAUAUAUCUGAAAUCGGUAUUGCUGUUGUUGCCACUGCUGUAAAUGCGGAUUGUUUACAGCAGCCCUCGCAUCCUUUCCUCCCUCCCCUUUUCCUCUUUCCCGGAGCGCCGGAGCGCUGGUGGUGAGGCAGCGGCCACAGCUGCUCCCGCUGACCGAAGAUAGCGCCUGCAGACCCGGCCACGGCCGUCACAUCACCCCGGGCCCCUGGAGGGUGCGACCCACAGCAAAGCAGGAAGCAAGCUUUUGAUGCCACAUCAUUGUGCAGCACCAGCCGCUUGUAAAAAAGCGAACAGGCUCCUCUGGAUUUGAUAAAUCGUCACCUUUAGGUCUCUUUAGGAGUUUGGAUGUGCUGUCUCACAUGAUAUGGCUGUUCUUAAACUAGUCGACCAGCCACCCCUCAUCCAAGCCAUCUUUAAUGGAGACCCCGAUGAGAUUCGUAUGCUCAUAUGCAAAUCUGAAGACAUCAAUGCACUGGACCCUGAUAAGCGUGCUCCCCUUCAUGCAGCAGCCUUCCUCGGAGAUGCUGAGAUCACAGAUCUCCUCAUUGUGUCAGGGGCUCGGGUCAAUGCCAAAGACAACAUGUGGUUGACUCCACUCCACAGGGCAGUGGCAUCACGUAGCGAGGAGGCCGUUCGCGUGUUGAUCCGUCAUUCUGCCGAUGUUAAUGCACGGGACAAGAACUGGCAGACUCCGCUGCAUGUCGCAUCCGCCAACAAGGCCCUGCGCUGUGCUGAAGUCAUCAUCCCGCUUCUGAGCAGCGUCAAUGUUUCAGAUCGCGGGGGACGCACCGCCCUACACCACGCUGCCCUCAAUGGACACACGGAGAUGGUUAGCCUUCUCUUGGCCAAGGGUGCCAACAUCAACGCCUUUGAUAAGAAAGACUGCCGUGCACUGCACUGGGCAGCGUAUAUGGGUCACUUAGAUGUAGUGUGUUUAUUGGUGAGUCAAGGGGCCGAGAUCAGCUGCAAGGACAAGAGAGGAUACACACCUCUACAUGCUGCUGCGUCCAACGGUCAGAUCGCUGUGGUGAAACAUCUGCUUAGCCUGGCUGUAGAGAUAGAUGAAGCCAAUGCGUUUGGGAACACAGCGCUGCAUGUGGCGUGUUUUAAUGGGCAGGACGCAGUGGUCAGCGAGCUGAUCGACUAUGGUGCUAAUGUUUGUCAGCCAAAUAACAAGGGCUUCACACCUCUCCACUUUGCUGCUGCGUCCACCCAUGGUGCCCUGUGUCUGGAGUUCCUGGUCAACAGUGGAGCUGAUGUCAACGUCCAGAGUCGAGAUGGUAAAAGCCCUCUUCACCUGACGGCAGUGCACGGACGAUUCACACGCUCCCAGACGCUCAUCCAAAACGGUGGAGAGAUUGACUGUGUUGAUAAGGAUGGAAACACUCCGCUGCACGUUGCUGCUCGAUACGGCCAUGAACUUUUAAUAAACACUCUAAUCACGAGUGGAGCUGACUGCACCAGAAGAGGGGUUCACGGCAUGUUCCCCUUGCACCUUGCCGCUCUGAAUGCUCAUGCCGACUGCUGCCGGAAACUCCUCUCCUCAGGACGGAGGUAUAGCAUAAUGUGCCCUCUCAAUAAUGACUCGGUCCUGUCUGCAGGCUAUCAAAUCGAUACACCAGACAACCUUGGGAGGACAUGUCUACAUGCCGCGGCUGCGGGCGGUAAUGUGGAAUGUGUGAAGCUACUACUUAGCAGCGGAGCUGAUCAUAACCACAGGGACAAACAUGGAAGGACCCCUCUCCACUAUGCAGCAGCUAGUCGACACUUUCAGUGCUUGGAGACUCUGGUGUCCUGCGGUACCUCCAUUAAUGCCACUGACCAUUGGGGGCGCUCUGCUGUGCACUACGCUGCUGCUUCUGAUCUGGACAGGAGGCGGCGUGUGGUCCUGGAACCAGAGAGUGACGGUGUUCAGGCUGAGAGGGAGAAGGAGGCAGCUCUGUGUCUUGAGUUCCUGUUGCAGCACGGUGCCACCCCGUCACUUAAAGAUAAACAAGGCUACAGUGCCGUUCACUACGCUGCAGCGUACGGCCACAGACACUGUCUGAAACUGCUUUUGGACAGAGAUGAGAACCAUCCAGAUGAGAUGGAAAACAGCCAAACCAGAAGUCCACUGCAUCUGGCUGCAUACCAUGGUCACGCACAGGCUCUAGAAGUGCUCUUGGAGGGUCACUGCGAGGUGGAUCAGGGGGAUGAGGUGGGUCGGACUCCAUUGGCCCUUGCUGCCCUCAGGGGCCACAACGACUGCGCUCUCACACUUCUGAACCACGGGGCCUCGCCGAGAAGCAGAGAUACUACACGAGAACGUACACCCAUCCACCUUGCAGUAAUGAAUGGUCAUACAUCAUGUGUGCGUCUCCUGCUGGAAGACUCUGAUAAUGCAGAUCUGGUUGACACAGCAGACUCUCAGGGACAAACCCCUCUAAUGCUGGCAGUAAUGGGGGGUCAUGUGGACGCUGUGUCUCUUCUGUUGGAGCGUGAGGCCACUGUAGACAUGGCUGAUCAUCAGGGUCUGACUGCUCUACACCUGGGGCUCUUGUGUGGACAGGAGGAAUGUGUUCAGUCCCUGUUGGAGCUAGAGGCAUCAGUGGUACUGGGGGACUCCAGGGGUCGGACAGCCAUCCACAUGGCUGCAGCGAGAGGUCACGCAUCCUGGUUGAGCGAAUUGCUCAAUAUUGCAUGUUCUGAACCCCCAAUGCCCCCAUUGCGAGACAACCAGGGAUACACACCCUUGCACUGGGCCUGUUACUAUGGUCACGAAGGCUGUGUGGAGGUCAUACUCGAACAAAAAGACUUUCGUCAGUUUGAUGGGAACCCCUUCACUCCGCUGCAUUGUGCUGUGGUCAAUGACCAUGAGACUUGUGCCACCCUUUUAUUAGAAGCCAUGGGAUCAAAGAUUGUAAAUUGCAAAGACUCCAAAGGCAGGACACCUCUCCAUGCUGCUGCAUUCGCUGGGCACAUUGACUGUGUUCAGCUGCUCCUGGCCCACAAUGCAUCUGUGGAUGAUGUUGACCAAUCAGGGCACAGUGCACUGAUUAUGGCAGCAGAGAAAGGAAGAGUUGAGGUUGUAGAAGCUCUGCUUACUGAUGCUAAUGUGAAUCUCAGUCUGACUGACCAGAAGGGCAAUACAGCACUUCAUCUAGCCUGCAGUAAUGGAAUGGAGGAAUGUGCAUUGCUCAUUCUUGGAAAAAUUCCAGAAUCUGCACUCGUUGCCACAAACGCUGCACUGCAAACACCUCUCCAUCUGGCUGCUCGCAGCGGGAUGAAGCAGACAGUGCAAGAGCUGCUCUCUCGUGGGGCCAGCGUUCAAGUACUAGAUGAGAAUGGUCUCACCCCUGCUCUGGCUUGCGCUCCCAGCAGGGAAGUGGCUGACUGCCUGGCUCUCAUUUUGGCUACCAUGAUGCCUUUCUGCUCCCCUUGCAGCUCUGGAACUCCUUCCCCAGGCGGCCUGCUGAAAUCUCUGCCCCGCCAGGCCAAGAGUCCCCAAGGCCCCCGCAGUCCAAGGGACCCCUCCGGUCCCUCCAGCGAGGGCACGACCACUGAAAACGACUCGGACUCAGAGACAUUUUGACCCCGGCUCCUUCUAGAGGUGCCCGUCAUAGUUUUCAAAGCACAUAUUGUCAUGAACCUUACAGAAUUUUUACAGAUUUCUGAUUAUGGAGCUCAACCUCAAUAACAAGAGAUUAUGAAACAUGACAUAGCGCGCUUGGUACGCUUUUGUUUUGCCACACUUUUUUGCACAGGAGAUUUUUUUCGAAAGCCAUUUUAAUCACUUUAACACAGGAUGAUUGAGAUCGCCAAAUGUUGACCGACAAAGUACGAUAAUUUAUAGUGUGGCGUGGUCUGUCUUAAUCUGUGGACUUUUAAAAGCACAAACCCUGCACAAGGUGAGGUCAGUCAUUUCACUCAUGUUGUCACUGUGGGACCAUUCAGGAACCAAGAAGUCACAUUUUUGGAACAACAGGGGAUCAGGCCAUCACUGCAUCAAAGUCACUUAGUAUUUAUUUGUAAGAGCAAAGGCUGGAAUACACGAUAUGACUUUGGUGCAGAUUUUUGCUGAUUUAAGUCUGGACAAUUUGUCAAAAGUCAGAGCCAGACUGCAGAUGACUUGACAGAAAAUCACAUUGUAUAUGAUGGGCACAGACAACUAACUUUAUUGAGACACAGACAAACAGACAUGCUAAUAAACAAUAUAUCACUACUGUUUUACUAUGGUUGAUGCGCUGAGCAGCCAUAUUGGAUUAUGAAGUCCGGGUUUUGUUGCGGUUUCUUAGAGUUUCCCAUUUGCAACUCUGACUUGAGGGGGCAUUUCAGUUAAAAGUCCCACUUAAAUGGAAUGCACCAUAAGAUUCCAUCGAGUCUGUGAAUAUCAAACAUAUUUGAUAUUUUGAACCAAUUUUACAGCACAUUGUUUUCAUUUGUCAUGCAUCUACCAACAAAGGUUUUUUGUUCGGAGUGAUUUCUAGUUAGUGUCUAGUUAGUGAAGUCUAGUUAGUGUAUGUGAUCCUAGUUUUGUUUAUAAUGCCCAUUGUUUCUCUGUAACCAUCUACAAAGUCUGCAAAGCGCAUGACGCCGUUUAGAUUUGAAAAGUUGUGUAGUGUAUUCCAGCCUUUUGACUGUAAGUCCAUAAAACCCAUUGUAAUGUGAUGAGAAUCCAAUGCAAGUUCUCCAUUGUCCAGAUCGUACACGAGUUGUACUUUACACUUUGAAUUUGACAUAUUGUGAAUGGAAGGCUCUUGAGAUUUAUAUUAUAAAGAAGAGCAUUUUUAUGCUAUAGAUACACGUACAUUUCUAGGCCUUGAAGUCUGACGCUUUUGGAGAGUGACACUUUGUCACUCUGUUCCUUCUCAGACAUAGAGACAGUGUUCAAAUAAUACUUCUAUUCAGGUUAAAUUUUAGAUUCUAGUCAGAGGCUAUGGCAUGUUAUGUGAACCAGGAUGUUUUCAAGCCUGUACCAAUAUUUAUUUACAUUUAGAUAACAAUGGUACGACAAUUGUAUGCACUUAUGUAUAGCAGUAAAUUUGUGUUUAAAGGAAUAGUUCAUCCCUAAAUAAAAAUUCUGUCAUUAUUUACUCUUGUUGUUUAAAACCAUGCUGACCAAUGUCUGUCAAGCUCCAAAAAUAACAGAAAUACCUCCAAAAAGAACUAUGUACUGUAUUCCAAGUCUUCUGAAGUCAAAUGAAAGCUUUGUAUGAGAAAGAGGAUGACAUUUAAGCUGUUAACCUCUGAAAAUCUUCCUCUUCAGUGAGCUGUUGGUACUUGAUCAUUGCGUUUGAGAAAUGAACUCAAGAACUUAAUCAUGAAAACAAAUCAUUUAGUUUGUUUUGUGAAUCAAAUCAAUCAAUUAAUUCAAAAGAACCAGUUCAAAAGAAUGAUUUGUUCACUAAUUGGACUUAUCCAGUGAACUCACUGACUCAGUUAUCAGUGAAUAAUGACUUAAAUUUCAGUCUCUUCCCCUCUCAAAAUGAUUGUAGGGCUUUAGAAGACCUCUCCUUUUGUGCUCCAUGAAUAGAAAAAUAACACCCGGUGUUGGAAUGACAUGACUGGGAGUAAAUAAUGACAGAAAUUGCAUUCUGGGGUUAACUAUUCAUUUAACAUUGAAUCCAGAACCUACCCCGUAGAGUAACCUACCCCGUCCUCUCUUUUUUUCCCCCCUUUCUUUUGCACUGGUUGAAUAUUAAUCCUUUUAAAACAGAUUUAUAACAUUCUUUUGGGGGAUCUUAGCAAGCGUUUUUAUUUGCUUUCAAAUUUGAAUCCAUUUUGCUUCAAAAGAUAAAGAGCUUUUAGUGUAGAUGGUGUUUUAAACUCUUGCUGGUCAGAAAAUUCUAAAUGAAAAUGUAAACCACUGUUUAUCUGUUUGCCUUUGUCCACAAUGUGCCAGUUUCUCAGUGUCCGGUGCCUUGUUCUGCAUUUUCAGAGUCUGCCAAUCGUAAGCCAAUGUUUUUCUACCAAGUCCUGAUGUUUGUGCCUACGAGUGUCUGAUUUACAGUAGGAAAUAGUUUUUGUACAUAUCAGAGCAUGGACAUUAUCAUCACCAGAGCAAAAAUUGCACACAACUGUCUUAUUACAAAAGCACAUGGUUGAUUUUCUUUUCAUAAAUUAGAUGGAUUAUAAUUAGAUUAGAAGGGUGCAGAGGAAUGGAGUCAAACAGUAUUAUAACAGAAAAAAAAAAAGCUUUGAAAUGUAUGACAAUCUAGAUCGUGGUUUCCCCCAUUCUGAUGUCAGCUCAAGUUUUAUAUACAAAUAAAUUGUAUGACUAUUAUAUAAAAUGUUUGAACAGA